AUGGCUGAUCUGCCCAAGGAACGCAUUCAGGCUUCGCGGCCCUUCAUAGUCACCGGUGUGGAUUACUGCGGCCCGUUUUAUUACAAGCCUGAAGUGCGCAACAAAUCGCCACAAAAAUGUUAUGUUAGCGUGUGCAUAUGCUUCGCUACAAAAGCUGUUUGGAUGGAGUUGGUAAGAGACCUUUCAACGGGUGCAUUUAUUGACGCAUUAGCCACGCGUGGAGUACCAAGAUGUAUCUGGUCUGACAAUGCAACGAAUUAUGUAGGCGCUAAGAACGAGCUUAAGGAACUACGAGACUUACUUCACAGUGAAAAACACCGCAGCAAACUUCACAACUUUUGCCUCAGUAAUGGUUUCGAUUGGCGCUUCGUUCCCCCUCGCUCCACGCACUUUGGCGGUUUGUGGGAAGCAGCCGUAAAGACAGCCAAGCAACAUUUCUAUCGUUCCGCUAGCUCAUCAAUUCUUGGGUUUGAUGAAUUGCGUACAUUGGUAUGUGAAAUCUCUGCUGUGAUUAAUUCGCGUCCCCUUACCCCUCUUUCAGAAAAUCCAGAGGAUUUGGAUGUCCUAACACCAGGGCAUUUUUUGAUUGGUAGUCCUCUGACAGCUCUUCCUGAACCGGAUCUCACGGCGCUAAAUUACUCGCGACUUGAUCGAGGGCAACGUGUAACAUAUAUACAACAAGUCUUUUGGAGGCAGUGGACUCAAGAGUAUCUCACUCUUCUCCAGCAACACGCAAAAUGGCUUACGCCUUAA